AUGUUUUUAAUAUACAAACUGACGACCGUAGCUGCAAAAUUUGUUAUCGUCUUACUUUUUUUUUUUUUGUCUAACAGUCGCUGCCUGGGGAGCCGGUCCCCUAAGGAAGAGGCCAGCAACCCUCGCCCUGAGAAGUUUAGCCAGAGUGCAGCGGCCAAGUGGAAAUCCUUCGACACUUUCAGCCUGCCUAAGGCCCAACAGGAAUCCAGACCCCGGGCAGAACCCUUCAUCGUGGCCGUCAGUGUUGGGAUUUUCUUACUCUAUUUCCUGUGGUUACGCGAAGAGAAUGACCUCGACCUGGAAUUGGACAAACCCCUGUACGAAAGAAUCCCCUCAUUGGAACAGGCACAGAUCAAGGCCCAAAUCCGUCAUAACGAACGGCAGGGACUGGACAGUGAAGCGCUUCACUUAAGAUUGCAACAAGUCAAAAGGGAAAUUAGGCGACAAGGGAAAGACGAAUAA